AUGGAAGAAGAGGGGUUCGGCGACCAAAUGGACGAUGAGAGCUUCAUGGACAUGUUGCGAUCGGGCGAGGAAGAGGAUUACGUCUUCUCGCCCGCGUCCUGCCUUUCUUCCUCGUCCUCUUCCUUUUACUCCUCUUCGAUGCUCUGUUUCGGUGCGAAGGAAGAAAAGCCCCCCGCGGCAGUGGUCCGUGGGGCUUCCCAGAAGUCAACCGACUCUUCUCUGUCUUCCCUCUCAUCUUCUCCGCCUUCCACCACCAUCAAUAGCUCCAAGUCCCCCACCAAGAAAGCUGCAAGUAGAGGGAGAGGGAGAGGGGCGACAACGGGUACCACCAAGAAGCCCAAAACAGAGGCCCCUGAUGCUCCGGCAGGAAUGAUUAUGGUGAGGAAGGAGAAGUUAGGGGAAAGAAUUAUGGCGCUGCAGCAACUGGUUUCACCCUUCGGCAAGUCGGAUACGGCAUCGGUUCUGCAUGAAGCUCUGGGAUACAUCAGAUUCCUGCACGAGCAAGUCCAGGUUCUGAGCUCUCCCUACCUGCAAGGCCUGCCGUCCUCUGCCCACCACCUGCACGGAGAGAUGGGGAGCGAUCUGCGAAGCCGGGGGCUGUGCCUGGUCCCGGUGGCGUACACGGAGCACGUAGCGAGCAGCAACGGCGCCGAUCUCUGGUCGCGUGCCGUCGGGAACAGCAGGGGCUCCUCCGGCGCCAAGCACUAAGCAAGGGCUUCAAGGCAUUGGGUCUUUGGCUCCGUUUUUUGUCGGCUUUUUUUUUUCCUUUCACGAAGAACAGAAAAGCCUCGGGCUUGCGAAAAUAUAUAAUUUUGUUAAACACCAUUAAUGUCGUACAGAGGCGAGCUCGAAGCAAAAGCAAAGCUCAUAAAGUGGUUUGUCUGCAAUUUGGUGUAACUCGAUGACUUGUUCAUACUUGGAAAUUGAAGUAGCCAA